AAAUAAAAGAAGCAAAUGGAAAAUUUUACAAGAAGCCAGGUUUGAUAAAUUUUAUCAGGUCUUUUCUUUUUUUUUUAACGGAGCUUCAGUUCGGAGAGCCGCAGUGAACCCUAAUUUCAACCACAAAUAGAUCCAAAAACAAGAUUAUCAUAACGGUGGUGUUUAGCAGAUGUUUUCGCUAGUGAAGAUACAAGAAUACAGUUGUUUUUUUCAGUUACUUCUGUGAGACUUGAUCAUGAGUGGUGCUCCGAAAAGACCACAUGAAGAGGGAAGCCAUCCUUUGACUUCCAAACAGACACUUGAAGAUACCAGUAAGGGUUCAGGAAAAGCUUCUCAUCCAGUUUCUAACGAAUACCACCCUCUUCCUCCUGAACAGCAGGGGCCAGAUGGUCGGUUGGCAAAAGUUCCUCGGAUUGAAUCUCGUGAUGCUGACAAAAGAUCACCUAUGCUUUCAACAUAUCACCCGGUUCCUUCAGAAGGCAGGUUGGAGUUGAACUUGAAAGAUGCGAAGAACAACAGAGAUCGCAAUGUCACACAUUCUUCAGAAACCAGGUUGGACACUGAACCCACUCCUCAAAGGAUGGAUGUACUUGGUCCUAGAGUUGAGAAUGAUAUGAGGAAAGAAAAUAAGGUGGAUGAGAACAAAAAUGAAACGAAACACGACAGGGAGCCUAAUAUAGAUUUGAAGAGCGGUGCUAGGACAGAAAAGAGUAUUUUCAACUCAGGUAAUAGUACUGUUUCAACCCAGAAAGAAUCAAAAGAACACCACAGAGGAAAUAGAUAUUCUGAUACACCAGAUGGAAGUUCAACUGCAAGGAUUUUGCCCCAAAAUAACGUUCAAGGAGGGAAUGAGACUGGAAAUGAACAUUCAACAACUGAAGCAAGGAUUAGUUCUCAAUUUCCCCGCGGCGAGAAAGAUGUACAUAUUGAUAAAGAAAGUAGAGGUAGCGAUGAUAAAGAAAUGAAACGUGAUAAGGAGCCCCAUUUAGAGUUGAAGAGUGAGAGGGAUGGACAUGCUGCAGGAAAUACCCAAUUGAGCCGAAAAGAGCCUAAGGAACAUCACAGAGGAGGUAGACAUCCAGAAACCUCAAUGGGUCCUUGGUCAUCACCGCAAACUAAUUUCCAAGGUGCAACUGAGAGUGGAAAUAAAUCUUCAGUUAUUGAAGAUCCAAGUCGCUUAGGUACACACGAAUCUUUGGGCGACAAUAAGGCCGGUACAAGAGGGGAUGAUAGAAUGAAAGAGAAGGACAGGAAAAAGAAAGAAGAGAAACCAAAGGAUUGGGGAGACAAGGAAAAGGACAGAAAUGACCGUCGAAAUAUCACACAACCAGGUUAUAACAAUAUUGAACGCAGGGAUUCAACAAAGGAAGAAAGAAAGUCGGAUAAGUGGGAGAAGGAGAGAAAGGACCUUCAUAAAGAAGAGCGACUGAAGGAGAGGGAAAAUGACCAUGUAAAGAGGGAGGCAGUUAGUGGGACUGAGAAGGAGGUUCUUAAUGAUGAGAAAGAAUUGGUGGAUGGAUCUACCAAAAUGGCAGACCAGGAAAAUCAAGCUUUAGAGCAAAACAGGCUCAAAGAUUGUGAGAACAUGAAAAACCAGGACAAAGAUGCUAAGGAAAAGAGGCAAGAAAAGGAUGCUGAUAUUGAAGGAGAUAGACAAGGAAAACGCAUGUGUUUUGAUAAGGAGUCAGAUGACGGCUGCACAGAGGGUGAUGGAGGUUCAGAAAGAGAAAGAGAAGUUUUUGGAUAUAGCAAUCAGCAGCGUAGGAGGAUGCUUCGACCUAGGGGAUCUCCUCAAGUGGGUAACAGGGAGCCUCGGUUUCGAUCUCGCUCCCGGGAUAUCGAAGGAUCUCAAGGAAAACCAGAAGUAACUAGUGUGGUUUAUAAAAUUGGUGAUUGCAUGCAAGAGUUGAUAAAAUCGUGGAAGGAAUUUGAAUCCUCUCAAGAGAACAGUAAAGAUGACUCCUCUCUUAAUGGCCCAACUCUGGAAAUUCGGAUACCUACCGACUGUGUUACUGCUACAAAUCGUCAGGUCAAAAGUGGCCAGUUAUGGGGGACGGAUAUCUACACUGAUGAUUCUGACCUUGUUGCUGUUCUCAUGCACACUGGUUACUGCCGCCUAACAGCGUCUCCUCCUCCACCUGCUAUCCAAGAACUAUGUGCAACUAUACGAGUGUUGCCUCCACAAUCUUGUUACUUGUCGACGUUGAGAAAUAAUGUCCGUUCCCGUGCUUGGGGAGCUGCUACUGGUUGUAGUUACCGUGUUGAAAGAUGCUCCAUUGUAAAGAAGGGUGGGGGAAGCAUUGAUCUUGACCCUUGUCUGACACAUACAUCAACAGUGGAGCCUACUCUUGCUCCAGUGGCAGUUGAACGCUCGAUAACUACCAGAUCAGCAGCUUCGAAUGCAAUGCGGCAACAAAGAUUCGUUCGAGAAGUCACAAUUCAAUACAAUCACUGCAAUGAACCUUGGAUUAAAUAUAGCAUAAGCAUAGUUGCUGACAAGGGACUGAAGAAGCCUCUUUAUACAUCUGCUCGUUUGAAGAAGGGAGAAGUUUUAUAUUUGGAAACACCUAAAGACAGGUACGAGCUCUGUUUCAAUGGAGAGAAAACAGUUAGCGCAAUCUCUCAUAUACCAGAAAGUGACAAGGAAAAACAUCAAAGCCACCAUAAUUCUCACGCUUCAAAUGGUGAGAGAAAUGUGGCGGAACGUGAAACCGUAGUUAUUGAUGGAUUCCGAUGGUCUCGUUGUAAGAAGAUCCUGCCCCAGAGGGUUAUGCGUUCAAUUGGGAUCCCGUUGCCCAUUGAACACUUGGAGGUAUUGGAGGAGAGUCUUGACUGGGAGGAUGUGCAAUGGUCACAGACCGGUGUUUGGAUAGCAGGAAAAGAAUACACACUUGCUAGGGUUCAUUUUCUCUCCUUAUAGAAUUGACAGUCCCGCUAUUGAUUGUGUCCUAGAACUGUUAUAAUAUAAUAUAUCGUUGUUAAUUAAAUGUAGUGUAUGUUAUUAUUAAUGCAGAGAAACAAGGUCAGAUUAGGUUUCUGGACUCGUGUUAAUUCAUAUUAAUCCUUCAAUUUCAGAAGCUUCAAUCUUUAGGCUUGUUGCUUCAA